GUUUUUUGCCAACCGCCAAAAAAAAACUACAUAGAAGUAGUAGCAGACGUCUGCAGGGACUCAGUCGGAGAUAUUCGUAUUUUUGCAGGACAGAGCGCUUGGUGUGGGACACACACUUCAAAGCAGAAAUGCAGGAGUUGAGCGACGAGCACCAGUAUUUGCAGCACGUCAGACAUAUCCUGGAAAAGGGUGUCCACAAGGAAGACCGGACCGGCACUGGCACCAUCUCAGUAUUUGGACUGCAGGCCAAGUACAGUCUGAGGGAUUCUUUUCCGCUCCUCACCACAAAAAGAGUGUUCUGGAAGGGAAUUCUCCAAGAGCUGUUGUGGUUCAUCAAGGGUUCCACUAAUUCCAGGGAAUUGUCUGCAAAAGGAGUUAAAAUUUGGGAUGCUAACGGAUCUCGAGAAUUUUUAGAUAAACAAGGAUUCACAUGCAGAGAAGAAUGUGAUCUUGGCCCUGUUUAUGGCUUCCAGUGGAGGCACUUUGGGGCUGAGUACAAGGACAUGCAUACAGAUUACACUGGGCAAGGUGUUGACCAGCUUCAAAAUGUAAUUGAUACCAUCAAAAACAACCCAGAGGAUCGUAGGAUCAUAAUGUGCGCAUGGAAUCCUAAAGAUAUUCCACAAAUGGUUCUACCUCCAUGUCAUGCUCUUUGCCAGUUCUAUGUGGCCAACGGUGAGCUAUCCUGUCAGCUCUAUCAGAGAUCCGGAGAUAUGGGUCUUGGUGUCCCAUUCAAUAUUGCAAGCUAUGCAUUGCUUACAUAUAUGAUUGCACACAUCACUGGAUUAAAGCCUGGUGAUUUUAUACAUACAUUAGGCGACGCUCAUGUUUACAAGAACCAUAUAGAGGCAUUAAAGAUUCAGCUCCAGCGUGAACCCAGACCUCUUCCAAAAUUGAAGAUCUUGCGCAAGGUGGAAAAUAUUGAUGACUUCCGUGCAGAAGAUUUUAAUGUAGAGGAUUACAAUCCACAUGCAACUAUCAAGAUGGAAAUGGCUUUGUAACACUAAAGGCUGGGGUGGGGAAGAGACAAGGGAAAGAAAACCCAAACUUACACUUCUUACUAGUAAAUUAUAUUGAAAGUUUAUUCCCUUUUAGUUUUACAGUGUACUGCUGCAGCCUUGUAGAAUGAUAAUGGCAACUAUGGCAGUACAGUGGUAGAGCUGCUGCCUUACAGUGCUAGAGUCCCAGGUUUGAUCCUGACUACAGGAGCUGUCUAUAUGGAGUUUGUAUGUUAUCCCAGUUACUGGGUUUCCUCCCCCACUCCAAAGAUAUACAGGUUUGUAGGUUAAUUGGCUUUGGUAAGAUGUUAAAUUGUUCCAAAUGCGUAAGAUUGGGUACGGGGUGUUUGCUGAUCAGCGUGGACUUGGUGGGCCAAAGAGCCUGUUUCUGCGCAGUAUCUCUAAAGUCGUAACUUCUGGGAAAUAAUGGCAGUUUCUACUUGCAGGUCCUUUUCAAAAAUGUGAGUGCCAAAGAGUACACAAUUUAUUUAAAUAUUUCCAGAAAAAGCUGGGCUUGUUCCAAGAGCAGAAGUUUGAUACUAGAUAUGAUUAUUCAUGAUAAUAGGUUUAGAAACUGUUGCCAAUGAUGCAAGGAUGUUAAGAAUUUCACUUUCUCCAUCCUCCCAAGUAGAUAAAAAACUCUCGGGGAAAAUCCAUUGUUUCAUCCAAUGCAUUUGCUUAGCUAACUAGGUACUCUUUCAAUUUUUGUUGUCUUGUGGUAAUAAGGUAAUAGUAGUUCAAGUCAAGUACUUCCAGUCAACUUAAUAUGUAAUUCUUACCCCUUGCAUCAUUGGCAACAGUUUCUAAACCUUACAUUAUCAUGAGUCAUGAUAUGACUUCCCUAUCACAUCACUGUGGGGCUUUGUGUGAACUGACACAGGGACCUGCCACCACCUAGUGAGAAGGGGAUGGAUAGUUUUGUGUCUUUAAACAUCCCCCAAGGGAAUGUAUUGUCAUGGAAUUUAAAAUAUCUUAACUUUCUUGGUUUGUUGAACGCCCCACACAAUAUCUCAGGUGAUUUUGUUAAUAACACAGAUCAUUAUCACUUGGAUUUACUGCUUGGACAGACUUACUUUUGAAAGUGUAGAUAUUAAAAGUAUAAUUGUAUUUGCCAGUUACAAUUCUAUUGUCAGUUAGAAAUGGAGACCACAAAUAAUUAAAGUCAAAUAUUUCUAA